AACAGCCGAGCGUUCGGGGAGUGUGUGUGUGUGUAAAAGUGUGUGUGAAAGUGUGUGUGCUGAGUGACCGCGUACAGGUGAGAGACCCGAGCUUCAGUAUCAGAGUGUCCUUCCUGCUGUGUCGGGUCGAGUGUAAGCGUGAUGAGGCGUGACUCGUCCUCACACCGGCGCAAGCAGGGGACUCCAAAGCGCAGGACCCCCGCACGCACACGCAGAGACAGCGGACCCUCAGAGGCGACUCCGAGGAAGAAGCGGAGGUUUCGUCCGGGCAUGAGAGCGCUGAUGGAGAUCCGGAAGUUUCAGAAAUCUACAAACCUGCUGCUGCGUAAAGCACCGUUUUCACGCCUGGUGAGGGAGGUGUGUCAGUUGUUCUGCAGGGAGAAUAUAAAGUGGCAAGGCUAUGCUAUCUUAGCCCUACAGGAGGCUGCCGAGGCGUUCCUGGUGCGUCUCUUCUCCGAUGCUAACCUGUGUGCGAUUCACGCCAAGCGAGUGACUCUGUUCCCCAAAGACAUCCAGCUGGCUCGGCGAAUCAGAGGCGUGGAGAACAUAUGACCUGCUCUAAUCUUUCAGCCGUGUGUGUGUGUGUGAGUUAUUUGUUUAAUUCAAAGGUUCUACACGUUCUUGACGUGUUCCCCAUGUUAGCCGAGUUGCUCCAGCGCAGCAUUAACUGGACAAAAAAAAAGGGGUUAGGGUAACGUAUAUACACACACACACACACACACUGUUCCUCCUAAUGCCUAAUUUCGAAAUAUGCUAAAUAUAACUAAUUAUAAAAUUAUAAUGUUUUAUAUUUAUAAUACUCACUUUUGAAUUGUACUCAGAUUUCAGUGAUUUGUUAUAACGCGGAAACAAUAUUUUUAUGUGCGGGAUAAACAGAUCAGAUUGUAAAACAUUUUAUAAUUAAAAUGUUUAUUAAACAUUUUAGUUAAUUAAACUGUUUAAAGUGUAGAAUGUUCAGCUGUAGGUGUGUGACGGUGUGCGUUUUUCUGUAUGACGUUCAGGCAGCCAACUACUGAGCUGACCACCAGGGGGCGGUGGAGGUCUUCCUACUUGUCCUGAGUGACAGUAGUGUGUGUGUGUAGUACAUUGUAAUUCUCUCAUGAAUUUGUGAGUGUGUGUUUCAUACUCAGAGCCGUGUGGUACUCACAUUAAGAAGAAAAUUGUAUAAAUGUUUAUUUCAUGAUUUAUUCGUUAUUCUUUGUAUACUUUGUUUAAGAGUUUUUUUAUUUUUAUUCCUUAAUGUAAUUUUAAUCGGAUGUGUACAUAAUGUUUGAUGUUUUUACAGUUAAUAAAACGUUUUGUAAUA